AUGUGGCGAUCAAUCAUUAGACACAGUGGUCUAAACCGAGAAGAUGAGGCGCGUUGCAUUGUAGCAGUGGAUUUGAGGAAGAGGCUAAACCCUCCGCUUGAGAAAGAGUGUUUCGGGAAUGUGGCCUAUAACGCGAUAGGUAAAACCACAGUGGGAGAGUUGCGAGAUCAUGGCCUCGGGUGGGCUGUUUUGCAAAUAAAUAAAAUGUUGAGGUCGUUGACGAAUGAUGACUAUAGAACUUAUGCGGAGGAUUGGGCUAGAAAUGUAAAGAUUCGAAUAUUUGGUGGUGGUGGAAGUAGAAAAGCUGGUGGUUCUAUAAUUGUCUCAGGCUCUCAUUGGUUUGAAGUGUAUGAUAUUGAUUUCGGUUGGGGCACGCUCGAAUGGACCGGGCAAUAG